CCCUGCUGGAACGCGACGUCUGCGCUCCUAUUGGCUGUCUGUAACGUCGCUCACGGUAAUGACGAUUUUACUGGUAUAACCAGCUGAUGCCGAGGCUAUGUACGCGGAGCUUCUGGAGAGCUGUUGAUGGUACGCGGAGACCGCUCCAUCGCCGUUAUGUCUGCGGAUUCGGUCUCAUCCCAAUCCACACACUGAAUGCAACCAUAUGGGGGUUUGGAUAGAAGUAUGAGACGAGCCAUCUCACAAAGUGGAAUAAAACCGCCUCGAGCACAACUUCAAUCAAAUCAGUAAAUAAAAAGAAAGUGACAUUUACACAGAACGUGAGGCUGGACGAGACCUGUAGAAGAAGGGGAGUGGACAUGGCACAUGGUCAGUCACGCCUGCUUUCCCUGGACUGUACGUUUCGCUCCAUCGGUCGCCUGUUGAAGCAGGAGCCUCAUUGCUAAAAACCUGCGCUGCUCGUUUCACCUGCUGGAGGAGCCCCCACCCUCGGUGAUGUAAUGAAUAAGUUUGAAGUCCUUGGCAUUGUGGGAGAAGGAGCAUAUGGAGUGGUGCUUAAGUGCAGGCAUAAGGAAACCAAUGAGCUGGUGGCCAUUAAGAAGUUCAAAGACAGCGAAGAAAAUGAGGAAGUCAAGGAGACGACUCUCCGGGAGCUGAAGAUGCUUCGGACGCUGAAGCAGGAAAAUAUUGUCGAGCUGAAGGAGGCUUUUCGCAGGAGAGGGAAACUCUACCUUGUCUUUGAAUAUGUGGAGAGGAACAUGCUGGAGCUACUGGAGGAACUGCCUAACGGGGCACCGCCCGAUAAAGUCCGCAGCUACAUCUACCAGCUCAUUAAAGCCAUCAACUGGUGUCACAAGCACGAAAUAGUGCACAGAGAUAUAAAGCCAGAGAACCUCCUCAUCAGCUCCGAUGAUGUUCUCAAACUCUGCGACUUUGGUUUCGCUCGUAACCUGUCUGAGGGAACAGAUGCCAACUACACGGAGUACGUGGCCACGCGGUGGUAUCGCUCGCCCGAGCUGCUGCUGGGGGCUCCUUAUGGAAAGGCUGUGGACAUGUGGUCGGUGGGAUGCAUCCUUGGGGAGCUGAGUGAUGGGCAGCCUUUGUUUCCAGGGGAGAGUGAGAUUGAUCAGCUCUUCACCAUUCAGAAGGUUUUGGGUCCACUCCCUUCAGAGCAGAUGAAACUCUUCUACAACAACCCUCGAUUUCACGGAAUCAGGUUUCCCACAGUUACACAUCCCCAGACUUUGGAAAGAAGGUAUCAAGGCAUCUUGACUGCUUUGAUGUUGGAUCUGAUGAAGAAUCUGUUGCUGCUAAACCCCACGGAGCGUUUUCUGACGGAGCAGAGUUUGAACCAUUCCGCUUUCCAGCCUCUGAGGCAGUCGGAGAGAGAGAGGCCUCCUCCUGCAUCACCUAACCCACCACGACCCUCCAAAAGGAAAACACACCAUCAUGGGGAGAAUACAGUGCCCACAAGGAGUCACAGUAAGAGCACAAGCCGCCGCUCCAACAGCAAAGAGUGUUCCAGCCUCCCUCGUCACGGUGACCUCCAUCAUCUCAGCAAUGAGAGUUUCCUCAACGGUAACAAACCAGCUCCAAGCAGUUUAAGUCCAACACUCCACCCUAAGGGACAAUACAUGUCCCAAACACUAAAUCGUUCUGCUUCAUCUAGCAAAGACAUGGUUAACAAUAACUUGCCACACCUCCUUAGUCCAAAAGAAGCCAAAGGCAAAACAGAGUUUGAUUUCAACCUGGGACCCUCCCCAAAGCUGUCAGAUCAAGGUCAUGGGGUAAAAUAUGGCCAUAGCAAACCCAGCUCAUCACGUACACAGCAGCAGCAGCAACAGCAACAGCAACAGCAACAGCAACAGCAGCAACAGCAACAGCAGCAGCAACAGCAGCAGCAGCAGCAGCAGCAGCAGCAACAGCAACAGUCCAGUCGUCACACCUUUCUGGAUGGCAAGACCAACACGCUGCAGUCUGGAACAGAGAAACAACAUGGCCGACAUGCGCACAGUAUGGCAGAUUCCGCCCAUGGAUCCAUGUCCUCCUCCUCUAAGAGUUCUGCAUCUUACCUAAGCCUGUCAAAGAGCCACAGCGCUCUGAGCGAUGCCAAAUCUAUAGGAAACCUCAGUGAUACUCGACUCCACCCAGAUGACCCAAACUCCAACACAACCGUAGGGGUGGGACCCUCUGCCCGCUUUUUCCCUUCCAGCUGUUUAGACCUCAACGCCCCCUCAGGUCCUCCGGGGCCACCGGGCAGCCCCUCCACGCGACACAGUGACCGAUCCGGUCACAGCCCGGCCUCUCGUAGCAGCGGCAACGUCCGCAUGGAGAGCAGCACGUUAGACUCCUCGUCCAGACACAAAUCCAGACAUAAAUCUUUAGCGCCAGAAGAUGCCACAGCUCCAGAGCUCUUAGAUCCAGGAGGAGUGGGAAUGCCCUCUACUCACACUCUGCCAUCCCCACACGAAUCGUAUCAUUACGGCCUGGGGUACACCUCGCCCUUCUCAUCCCAGCAACGACCUCAGCGCCAUUCCAUGUAUGUGAGGAGGGAACGCCACCGGCCACACGGGGUGGAGGGCGGGAUGAUGGGCUUGCCCCCACCUGGACAGGCGAUACCCACACGAGCCAGUAGCUUGCAGCUCCUCUCGCCCCAGCUGCAGCACCGAACCACCCUCACUGGGCAUUCAGUGAGCUCUUCAAGGGAGGACUGCACUGAUGACAUGACAAGGAGUGAGCAGUCCCCUAAAGACAUGAGCCACCCUUGUGCCCCCAUCAAAGACUCUACGCGGGACAACACUACUGCUUUUCUUACACAGCGCUCUAAAAACGAGGUUGGGAUGUACCAUGACCUGCAUGGCGAGGAUGGAAGUUCCUCCAAGGAGAACCGAAUGAUCUUCACGGAGUCCAUGCCUCGGAGAGUGGGCAGCUUCUACCGGGUUCCUUCUCCCCGACCAGAUAACACGACUUCUUUCCACGACGGUGUCGGUCAAGGCAGAGGGCAGGUCAUACCUGUCAUACCUGGAGACCCUGUUGCCAUGGCCAACCACUCAAAACGCCAGACGGCUUUCGACUGGACUGCUGCAGAAGCAAUGGUCAUGAAUCCUCCAGAGCCUACUAAAGAAAAGGAGAAACAAGGCUUCUUCAGAGCCAUAAAAAAGAAAAAGAAGAAGACACAGAUAACGGACAUGGAGGACAGGAGGAAUCCCAGCAUCAAGAAAAGUCUUUUCCCCCUCUUUAGCUCUAAGAAUAGCUUAAAGCACAACGCAGCUGUCAAAGUCCUCCCUGUAGUCGCCUCACCCAUGGUACAACACCAGCCUACCGUGCCCUACCCUGCCUCACCAGUUCCUGGUAGUGGACAAGAACACAUGUCCCUGCAGAGAAGCUCCAAGACGUCCUCUCAUCACAGCAGCCGUCGGAAAAACCGAGAGCGCUCUCAAAACAGGGAGCGAGAACAGAGCCGGGAUCGGGACCGGGACAGAGAGAGGGAGAGGGAACGAGAGAGGGAACGAGAGCGAGAAAGGGAGAGAGAGCGAGAGCGAGGGAGAGAGAGAGAGAGACUGAAAGACUGGCCACCUGAAAAACCAGUGGACUCACACUCUCAGAGCCAACCACUCAAGUCUCUCCGCAGACUCCUUCACCUCUCUCCUUCUUCCUCAAACCAAGGUCAGCCUCCCCCGGCUCCUCCCCCUGACCUGCGUUUCCAAGCCCCCCUGCCCAACCCACCACAGCCAUCCUCUAAACCGGCCUACUCCGACGGCCGGGGCCAUGCCGUGGUGGGCAGCGCCGCACAGGCCAAGACCCGCAAAGCCACCUACCCCAUCCCCGGCCAGAUCGAGUCCAGCUGGCAUGUGUCUGCUUUACAACGGGCAGAGGGUGCUCAGUUCACCCCUGAACAACUGGGUAUCAAACCGGGAAAGAACGGACCCACGUUCACCAGAGCCUCCCGCACCAGGAUGCCAAACCUCAAUGAUCUAAAGGAGACAGCUCUUUAAACCGCCUGAACCACAUCACCGGCAUAUGGCCCAUCCGUCUAUGGACGCAUCUACCAGACAGAUGAAAACCUGUUCCUCUGGAUUGAGUGCUCGUCAUCUGUUGAUACUCAUGUCUGUAAUAUCUACGAAGGCUAGACAAACACAGGAAAGGGCUCACCCCCUGUCGGGAUGCCAGUGCUGUGUGAGUCGUAUCUUAUACUCUCUCCACUUAAGGUUUAAAUAUCAGAAUGAGCUGAUAUUUCCUGAGAGGGAGACACUGCCUAUGUGGCCUAUUUGCUGCCAUCUUCACAGGACACCACUGCAACACAUCAGACAGCUGCUGUCAAUAAGCUCAAAGGUUUUUCAACAUCUGAUAUUUGAUAAGAACAAAAAAAAAAGAAUUUAUAUUAACAUUAUUUAUUAAAUAUUUAUUUGUUUUGACUUCAAGGAUAUAAGCUAUAAAUGACACAGUAUGUAGGCUUUAAGGGAAUAUUAUAAGAUAAUAUAGAAGUAAAUGUGUAAUUGCAAGAGCUUUAGUUUCGACACAAAGAAAUAAAUAGAUAUGUAUGUGUUUAUACAAUAUGUCACAAGGAAUAUUUAAGAAUAGUGAAUGUCUUUUUUUGUCAAUUUGAUAUGUUAUAAACAGAUUUUCAUGUUAUAUCAUGUUACUUUUACCUUUUUUGAUUGUUUCAAUUCACAUGUAAAGGAAUAUUGAUGAAUACUUGUUGCCCAAAGUGUUCUGUGACAAUACAAAUACUGUAGUAAAAAUCUGCCCAUGACCUUCACAACACCAGAUUUGUGGCAGCGUGGGCUGUUUGUCAUUAGGGCUUGUUAGCGUACAGUACCAGCCUGAAUGAGACUGUUAAGCUCUGCGCUUGACAAGUUGCAAUUGUCACCUCGCCAUUUUGAAAUAAGCCUUGUUUCUUUCAGCUUUUUAUCCAGCUUCAUGCUGCCAUGUUGGUUUUUGUCAACAGCCUUAACUGCAUGUGAUGUGCAUCACUUGCCCACAUUGCGACGCUGAAGUUAGCCUCUGAUUUAACAUUUCACACGUACAGUAGGAGUGUAGGAGAACAAACAAAUGAAAAUGAUACCUCGUGCAACCUUUAAAGUUUUUAAAGGAUAUGUCUAGUUAUAUUCCACAUUUUUGUAGUUCUCACAAAUUCCAUUAACUGUGGAGUCGACGGUGAUGUGCAGUAGUUCACUGCUGUGUGCCACAGACUUUAGUUAUCAUUCAAAAACCAUUAAAAGCGAUGUGUGAUUUUAUUUUGAGUAAACCCUCAAGCCAUUAAUACACAUAAUCCGCAGAUGAAAACAGUGACGAGAAUUGUGCUAUACGUACACUACAGCAUUUGCUAUGACAUUGACCAGCGUUGCUUCAGUGAUGACCAGUGACUCGUGGGCUGAGACCCAAAUAAGCAGGAUUUCAAAAUGGAAGUGGUGGCAGACAAAGUCACAUAUGGACCCAAUAAAUUUUAAAUGCAAUAUAGAAACCUUCAGCAGUCAUGCUUACUGUAAUUAAAGCUAACGGAACAUUGACCCAUAUGACUGUUAUAUAAAUAUGUACUGUAUGAAAUUAUGACAAUUUGAAAACCAUAGCAUUUGGUGUUUCCAUCAUUGGUUUCUAACUUAAAUGGGUCAUAACAUAACAAGGUUCAUCUGCCUACAGGACUGGACACUGCUGGCAAAAUGUGUGUUCAAAUGUGUACACUGCCAUUUUUUGGGGUCAUGCGCUAAAACGGUGUCUGUUUUUUUUUUAGAAAGAUCUUGUAUUGUUUACACCUAAAACAAAUGCAUAUGGGAUAACGCCAUCCUUCCAUGUGUUUGUUUACAUGAGUGUGCAAAGCUUGUUUUUGUAAAUGCCUUUUUGCAAAUCAGCACUAUUGUUCUUUUGCAACUUUUUCUAACAUCAGUACUCACGAUCAGGGAUGAUUUGCUGGACUUGAUCUUUCAUGAAAGCAUUUACUUGUGGUCUAUUGACUUGUGGAUGAUUCAAAAUGCUCAGUUCUGUAGAAAAAAAAACUAUUUGUGGCCUAAGCAAAGUUUACAGUGUUGUUUUUGUCUGUGUCUCGCCUUUACCCCUUGUUCUUCCUUCAAGGUUUGGGAGCAAUUCAAGGGAGAAAAUGUUUGAGGAAAGAAAGAAGGACAGAAAGAUGAAUGCAUUUGUGCAGAAUUUAAAACAACUGUGAACUAAGAACUAAGAAAAUUGAAUUUUGAUAAUUUCAUGUAUGUUUCUCAUCAGUCAAAAUGAAGAUAAACCAAUUAUGGCUGAAUGAUUGAAAGCAAUAACACAGAAAGAGAGUGAUGCAGAGUGUGCAAUGAUUACUUCAAUUGGAGCAAAAUAUAGCACAGAGAUGACCUUCGCUAGGGAAAUGUACCUUUACUUUCAUGUACACUGUCGAGAUAUCGCUCUGCAAUAUCUUGCUUUUAUUUUACUGUAACUUAAUUUCAAUUGCCCUGAGCCAGGAUGGUUCAACUGCCCCAUGUUGUGUUAUAGAAAUCUGUGAUUGAUAAGGAUUUUAUGUUCCUGCUGAUGCGUUUGUUCCUAUGAUUAAUGGGACAGUGAGAUGUGUAAGCGCGACUUGCCAGCAACCUGGAGCCUUACGUUCGUUUACCGGCGCAACACAUUCGAUGGAGAUGGAGGCAAGUCGCUUACACCGGCUCGACAAGACGAAGAAUCCCCGUUCACAAACAUGAAUGUGUUUCCUAAAACAUUUAUUUUUCAUUUGCCUGUUCUUACCAGGUGUAAAUACAAAUAUCAGAGUGUACCUAUACUGACCAUUCUACUUUAAGACGAUAGGAUCUCCUAAUAAAAGCCAACUGUACAUUUUGAA